UCAAAUAAGUAAAUUUCAAAACAAAACAAAACGUGUUCCGAUCAAGUUUUUUGUUUCUUAAAUCCACAUUGACUUAAAAUGGAAACUACAAUCGACACAAUAUCGGUCGGCGAUUACAUUGUUCUGCAAAGGCAAAAGUACACAAAGCUGCACAAAUUCAACUCACUGGAUUCAACGGCAAUGCUGGGCAAAGAUUUACUGGAACUGCGGAACAUCGAAUCCAAACCGUAUUUCACCACAUUUAAAAUGGUCCCAAAGAAUGGUGCCAAGGGAAAGCGAGCCAAUACGCUAGAACCGUGCACCGACAAAAGUGCCUUCACCGAAAAUUUAAUCGCUAGCAAGGGAAGUGGAAUCGAUAAUAGAAACAUCACCGACGAUGGCUCAUCGCAAAGUUUAACGCCGGAUGAAAUUCAGAAAUUACGUGAUGAGUGUUCCAGUUCAUCGGAAAUUGUCAGCCAAAUUGUUGAAAAUUCAAAAACGUUUGCAUCGAAGACCGAAUAUUCGCAGGAAAAAUACUUGAAGAAGAAGGAGAAGAAGUACUUUGAAUUCGUUCAAAUCAAAAGGCCAAACAUUCGUACCAUUGCCGAUAUUAUGUACCGACAAAGCGCUGACAAGAUUUACGGCAUUCGAAUGGAUCAACUGUCGCAACUGCUUUCGUAUUCCGGUGUGUGUGGAGUUGGUAACUAUCUGCUCUACGAAUCGGGCACGAACGGCUUAGUACCGGCAGCUUUGUUAAAUUCAAUUGGAAGUGACACCGAAGCUAAAUUGGUACAUAUGCAUCCUGGAAAUGUACCUCAGAGGCAAGCGCUGUUAGCGUUGAAUUUGAAACAAGAGCAAUUGUCCAGAUGUGUCUCCGUGAACCUGUAUUCCGUCUUGCGACAAUACUAUCAGGGAACUGAGCCAGUCGUGACUGAAACAAUUCUAGAAAGUGGAAAGCACAAACUUAACUCAGACGACAUUGACGAAAUCAAUGGAGCACAACCAGCAAAAUUGUUAAAACUAGAUGGCGAGGCAAAUGGACGCGAUGAUAAUAAGGCGAAUGGCGACGACGAUAAGGUAAAUGAAAACAGCCCGGAGAUAAAUAAAAAACCAGCAGCUGCCAACAAGGAACAGUGGAUGAUUGAUAAUGAACGGGCUUGUGUAAUUUUGAAAGACCAGGUUGAUGCACUAGUCAUUUGUGCCAAGGAGCAUCCAUCGACGAUUUUGAAAUCCCUAUUACCAUUCGUGAAGCCAAGCAGACCGAUUGUUAUUUACAAUACGUCACGGGAAAUUCUGGCCGAACUUUAUAUGGAAAUGAAAUCGUCGUAUUCGGUGACGAAUUUAAAAAUUACUUCCAAUUGGAUGCGAUCAUACCAAAUAUUGCCGAAUCGAACUCAUCCGGAAAUAAACAUGACCGGAAACAGUGGUUUUCUGUUGACGGGUUAUACAGUCAGAUAAGUUGUAUGUAUAAUGACUUGAAGGAACAUUAAAUUUUGUCGAAAUUUU